AUUCUCGUUGCUGGUGGCAGCAGAGCCAGUGGACCUCCCCGUUGUUCAGGCACUGGCUGCCCUACGGUCUGGGCGAGGGCCAGUGAGUGUGAGACAGGAGUGUGCGGGGGAGGGGGCACCCUUUUCUGACCCGAGGGCCCAGGGCUUUCUGGAGGAGGUGAACAGUGAGGCCUGAAGGGUGCAGAGGAGUGGGUGCCCUGGGCGGCAUUGCUGUGAGCGUGUGAGGGUGCGCUGGGCGGCGCUGGGGUGAGCGUGUGAGGGUGCCCUGGGCGGUGCUGGGGUGAGCGUGUCAGGGUCUCCUGGGCAGUGAUUGGGUAGAUGGUGGGGAGUGUAUCGGGGGCCUGGGUGCUGUGCUCAGCUUCUCUCAUCUUCCCUCGCUGCAUCCUCAGAGCCCCAGGGAAUGGGCUGCACGGCCCCCAUCUCACAGCUGAGGAAAGGACAGAAACCUCAGGUGAGGGUGGCAAUGGCCAGUCUCAUGGCUGCCACGGCAGAGCUUGGGCAUCUUUCCAGGACCAUCCCAGGGAGGCGGUGCAGCUGGAAGCUAGCCUGUGCAGGGAGGUGCAGGAGCUGCAGAGGCUGGGACUCCAUGUGGCAGGCACGGGGCCCACCGGCCUGGCGCCCACCGGCCUGGCGCCCACCGGCCGGGCACCUACCUCGAGGGCUGAAGAAGAUGCAGAGCAGCCUAAAGCUGGUGGACUGUAUCAUCGAGGUCCAUGAUGCCCGGAUCCCACUUUCAGGCCGAAACCCUCUGUUUCAGGAGUCCCUUGGGCUUAAGCCUCACUUGCUCGUCCUCAACAAGAUGGACCUGGCGGAUCUGAAGGAGCAGCAGAAAAUUAUACAACACUUAGAAGGAGAAGGCCUAAAAAAUGUCAUUUUUACCAACUGUGUGAAGGAUGAAAAUAUCAAGCAGAUAAUCCCGAAGGUCACGGAGUUGGUUGGGAGCAGCUACCGCUAUCACCGAGGAGAGAACCUGGAGUACUGCAUCAUGGUGAUUGGGGUCCCCAACGUGGGCAAGUCAUCGCUCAUCAACUCCCUGCGGAGGCAGCACCUCAGGAAAGGAAAAGCCACCAGGGUGGGCGGCGAGCCUGGGAUCACCAGAGCUGUGAUGUCCAGGAUUCAGGUGUGUGAGCGGCCGCUGAUGUUCCUGCUGGACACCCCUGGGGUGCUGGCUCCCCGGAUCCAAAGCGUGGAGACAGGCCUGAAGCUGGCCUUGUGUGGAACCGUGCUGGACCACCUGGUGGGCGAGGAGACCCUGGCUGACUACCUUCUCUACACCCUCAACAGGCGCCAGCUCUUGGGGUACGUGCAGCACUAUGGCCUGGGUGAGGCCUGCGACGACAUCGCCAGUGUGCUAAAGCGUGUGGCCGUGAAGCUGAGGAAGACCCAGAAGGUGAAGGUGCUGACAGGCACUGGUGACGUCAACGUUGUCCAGCCCAACUACCCUGCGGCCGCCCGAGACUUCCUGCGGGCCUUCCGCAGCGGGGUGCUGGGCCCCGUGAUGCUGGACCGGGACCUCCUGCAGGGCCCCCCUGCGGCGGAGCCCUGACUAGUCCAGCAGGAGGGCCUCGCGGCUCCACAGCCAGGGGUGGGCACCCGGGAGUCCCCUGUCCACAGGCUCCUUGCUGGUCACUGUAUACUCCCCGGUCUCUGCUCUAGGAAGGAGGCCAUGCCCUCCUGCUGCACAGCCCAGCCCCUGGUUACAGGGGACUGAGCCUGGGUGUGGACAUCAGGGCAGUGGACGUCCCUGGGUUCCUGGCGGGGGGAGGAAACUCACUCAUGUUCAGUAUCUCCUAAAUAUUCUCUUGAGGAGAAGCUGGUGUUUUCUCAGAAGGAGUUGAAAGUGUAAUCUGUAAUUUUAAAAUUAAAAGGCCUGUCUCUGUG